UCCACCAUCUCAUUUCUCUUUUCUAUCUCUCUCUGCAUCUUUGUUAUCUCUCUCUUCUCUUUCUUCAUCUCUCUUUCUACAACAAACCCUAAUUCCCUUAAUCACAAAAUUUGCCUCAUUUUUCUCUCAUCAUCCAUCCUAUCGUUCUGCUUCUUCUUCAAACUGUUUUCGACAAUUUUGAUUUGAUGGUUUCUACUUUCGAACAAAGCGGAUUUCGACGGUUUAAUGGUGUUGGCUCAAGCAAAAAAAGGGGGAGAUUUGCGGCAGUUUGUGGCGAGUACGGUUUAAUCAACUACAAAUUAUUCAUGGAGGCAGGUGAUAUCGUUUAGUCUUAGUGUUGUUAUGUUUUGGUCUGAUGAAAUGAUGUAGGUACAAGUUCAUAUUUCUGGUGCAUAUCCAUAUCAUAAUCUGCACUAACACCUUUGAAUCAUGGUAAUGCAAGGAAAUCUUCAUGUUGAAUGCUAAAUGGCAUUAGUUUUGGAUCAAUCUUAGAGCUAUUUUGGAUGAUAUCAAUAUGCCGCCAUUGUAACAGAUUGAUAGUGGCAGAAUUCAAACUCGAGGUCUCCCAAACAAUUCGUCCUUAACUGAAGCUCAUUAAUCAUUCGAGCCCAACCACUUGGUUAUAAUGCUAGAAAUUUAAUUAGUGCAUAAAGUUACUUAAAUAAUUGCUUGCUAUUAUUUUUAUUAAUUUAAAUACCACUUUGAUCCUAAGUACCUGUUGAUCUGAUUUGAAAGUUUAAUUUUUUCGCAUCUCCUAUUUGACAAUCUUCUCUCUGGCAGGUAUCGGGUACAGAAUGAUAAAAAGGUUGCUGUUUGUAGUGUACAUCCAUCCGAGCAGGCCACACUGCAGUGCCUAGGUUGUCUUAAGGGUAAAAUACCUGUUUCCAAAAGUUAUCAUUGCUCUCCAAAGUGUUUCUCAGAUGCAUGGCAGCACCACCGAGCGUUACAUGACCGUGCUGCAAGUGCAGUUAAUGAAAAUGAAAAUGGUCAUUCCUGCUCCCUCACCUAUCCCGCGCCAGCGGAUACCUGUUGACGGGAUGGGGAAUUUGGAGGGGCGUAUAACUUCAUCGGGAACUUUUACUGUUUUAUCAUACAACAUAUUGUCUGAUUCAUAUGCCUCAAAUGAUCUAUACAAUUACUGCCCUUCGUGGGCUCUUUCCUGGCCGUAUCGCAGACAAAAUUUGUUACGAGAAAUAGUUGGUUACUGUGCCAAUAUUAUUUGUCUCCAAGAGGUGUAUAAUGGCAACAUAAAUACAAUUGAUGGUUGCGCAACAUUUUUCCGUAGAGACAGAUUCUCACAUGUGAAGAAAUACGAGGUUGAGUUUAAUAAAAAAACAGGAAAUUUUAAUGAAGAACUUGAGUUUUUAUGUUAUCUUUGUUGGAACAUAUGUGUUCUGUUUGCUAUAGACUUUGUAAAUUUAUGGUAGUAGUAGUGUAGAACACAAUUAUUUUUGUUCACAGGAAGAUAUAUAUAAUAUAUUAAUUGGAGUCUAUAAAUUUAUGGUAGUAGUAGUGUAGAACACAAUUAUUUUUGUUCACAGGAAGAUAUAUAUACUAUAUUAAUUGGAAGGGUUCACUUUCCAUGAAGAUGCUGACCAUAAUUAUAGGACAUUUGAAAAAUGUAAUAAUAGAAAGGAAUUGUGUGCUCUUAUAAAGGACAAUAGAGCUUCCAAACUUAUUAGGGCUCGCUCCUCUCAAAUAUUACUACAGUUUAGAUGGUUUCGAUUAAGUGAUAGUAGAAAAAUACUUCUUCAAUGUGUAAAUGUAGGUAGGUGUACAUCUUUUAAUAAAUGAGUUGUUUUUAAAUUAUUAAUGUUUCUAAUUUUUUAAUUUUUAAAUUAUUUUUUAUUUUAAGAUACAAAAAUUAAAAUAUGUAUUAUUGAUG